AUGGCGAGCGGAGGUCAUAGAGCCGAUGGCGACGUUGCUGAAGAACAUGAAGAGAGUGAGCCUGACCGUGAGAGACCACGGCCUGAGGCUUUGGAUGGUAGGAACGAUGAUGAGCAGGGUGAGAGCGAGCACUGGGGCGGAUGGUCGCAUGAGACUCCGGGGACUUGGUGGGGCAACCGUCACUAUGGUGGUUGGUGGAGCUGGCAUUGGGAUGACUGGCGCCACGACUGGGAGCCGAGGCGAGAUGAGAAGGUGGCCCGGGUUGAAGAAACUACUUGGGCGAUGGAUGGCCGCUGGGUUGGAGGCAGUAGCACCCCAGCGGGUGAAUCAUGGCGGACCGGAGACGAUGGUGCUUCGGGCAAGCCGACGGAGAAGAUGGUGGUCGCCGAGUUCGAUGGCGAUGGUGGCGAAAAUGAGCUGGGCACCACCGCACGCUCAUACCUGAGGAAAGUUGGGGCAUGCCUGCGGUGCACCAAGCUCCCUGAGCGCGAGCGUGGCUUGGCGCUCUACACCCACCUCAAGGGCCGGGCUUGGGUCUUUGCGGAGGAGCUGGACUUGGAUCGGCUCGGGGCCAUUGGAGGUGCUGAGUACUACUUGGGGUGGGUCAGAAUCCGCUUCAUGGAGAUGGAGGUGAACAAAGUGGCAUCGGUCAUGACGGAGCUCUUCAAGAAAUGCCGCCGCAAGCCAGAGCAGGCGGUGAGGGACUUCAACAUGGAAUUUGAGCGUUUGCUGUUGCGCCUUGGAGAGCUGAAUUGCGAAUUGCCAGCUCUUGUCAAAGCUUGGCUCUACCUCGACGAGAGCGACGAGGCACUCUUGGCCUCUGUGAACAACCAGUACGACCUGCGUUGCCCACAACAGGCGGCAAUCAUCCAUGAUCGUGGAGUUGCACGACGAUCGUGGGAACGCCCUGGCAAUGGGGGGCGUUGGAAGCAGCAAUCAGUGCAUGUGACGGCUGCUGGAGAUGAUGCCUGGAGCGAUGAGCACGACGGAGACGCUGGUGGUGCAUUGGACGACCAUGAAGAAUCCGAUGCGGAGUUGGUGGAGGAAGAUGUGGCGUCUGGACUCCACAGUGCAUUCAUGGCGUUCCAGGAUGCAAAGUCUCGCUGUCGCGAGGCAAUGAAGGGCAGGGGCAUGGACCGGGAAGAGAUGAAGAAGAGGAGUGAAGAAAGAUUGUGCCUUGCAAAGGCGCGCAGCUACUGCUCAGCCUGCAAGCGAAAGGGGCACUGGCACCGAAUGUGCUAUAUGACUGCCGAUGUGGACAUUCCUGAAGAGACCUAUGGCGAGCGCGAGACUGUGGUCUUCAUGGCGGGCGAUGCUGGCGAUGGUGGCCAGCGUGCCGGGGGAGGUGAGAGACCCUGCGCGCUGGCCAUUGCAGACACAGCCUGCACGAAGACGGUGGCUGGGCAUCAAUGGUAUGAAGACUAUUGUCGUUGGGCAGAUGAUCGUGGGCUGCCCAUCGAGAUAGUCGAGGAGAAGGAUCAGUUCAAGUUUGGUGCAUCGAGAAUCCACCCUUCCAUGUUUGCGAUUUGGGCAAUUUUUGAAGUGGGUGGCAAGUUGAUCCGUGUGAAGGUAGCCAUAGUUCAGUGCAGGGUCCCACUUUUGUUUAGCCGCACAGUUCUUGCAAAGCUUGGCAUGGUUUAUCAUGUAGGAGCCCAAAGGGCAGAUUUGACACAUUUAGGGCUUUUUGAUUUAGAGAUGGCCGUGUCAGAAACUGGACACCCCGCUUUUGUGGUCACUGACAUUGGUGACAGGGCCAACUGCGGAUCUGAGUUCCUUUGGAGCGGCGAUCCGGAGGUCCAACUCUGUGACAGCUCUGUGGUCGAGCAAUACAUGGCUGAGCCGAUUCAUGCGGGGGACCAUGUCAACGGUGCCGACUUCACCAUAGCGCAUGAACAAGGCGGAGUUGACCCGCGAGCUGGAUGCAUUGCAGAUUCCCAUCCACCCGAGGUGGACUCUCCCAGAGCUCAGGCAGACGGUGAUCGAGCACCGCCAGCAGAGGACGGGGAAGAGGAGACGGCAAUCAAGGGCUUGGGGCGCAUGACACUGGACGAGCUCAAGGCCAAGUGCACGGAGCACAGUUUGAGAGUGCCGACGAAAGCCACACGAGGGCUCCUCAUCAAGAUGCUGCGUCAUGCCUCGCAGCCAAGUGGGGAUCAGGUGAUGAACUUCGGCAAGUACAAGUCAUGGAUGUACAAGGAGGUGCCGGUGGACUACCUCCGCUGGGCGGUCUGGGAGUCGGAGGCGAACGACACGGCGGGGGACGAUCUCUGCGAUCACUCCGGUCCCGAAGGUGGCGGUAUCUUCCGCGCCAUGCAGCAGCUGGUCGCGGGUGUCUUCAAGGGGAACUCCAAAGAGGGCAUCGUCCGAGGCGGAAUCGGGGGUGUCGGCAAUGGAUGCGGAGUUGCCGGAGGAGGCACAAGCGGAACUGCUGAGGCUGGAGACCGAGAUCGCGCUGGUGAAGCAGAAGUGCCUGACCCACAUGUGCAGUGCCAUGGUGCCAGCUAUGAGUCAUUUGGCGAUGGAGAGCUGAAUGGCAGCCCUCCUUGUUUGGGGUGGCCCAGCCAGGUCACAGUGGCACUGGGUGGAAAAAAGGGGUCGUUCCAAUGGGCAUAG